UUUUACUAUGCCUUACGCGUUUUCUUUCCAACCCCUUUGAACCAAUCCAAUUUUUUCUAAUCAAAUAUAUCAUUGUCACACCUAGCACAUAACCUUACAUUCUCUCCAUCACCAAACAAAUACAACAUCAAAAUCAAACCCAUUAAUUAGAUCUAUCUAUUCAUAUUCUCUUCCUCCUAAGGCCUAGAGGCCUUCACCAACGUACGACCAUGUCAAUGCUCCAAACCGACGAUCAAAUCAAACAACUCAACGACAUUUUCAAGCGCUUCGACAUGGACUCGGACGGAAGCCUAACCCACCUCGAACUCGCCGCGCUCCUCCGGUCUCUCGGUAUCAAACCAUCCGGCGACGAACUUCAUGCCCUAUUAUCCAACAUGGACAACAACAAUAACGGAUAUAUCGAAUUUGAUGAACUUGUUAAUGCAAUCAUGCCGGACAUGAAUGAGAAUGUUCUCCUAAACCAAGAACAACUUUUGGAGGUUUUUCGCUCGUUCGACCGCGAUGGUAAUGGUUAUAUCACCGCGGCCGAACUAGCUGGAUCCAUGGCAAAAAUGGGUCACCCUCUUUCAUAUCAUGAACUUGCUAACAUGAUGGCUGAAGCUGAUAGCAAUGGUGAUGGUGUUAUUAGUUUCAAUGAGUUUGCAACCAUUAUGGCUAAAUCAGCUGCAGAUUUUUUUGGUGUUAAGGCGCAAUAGAUAUAAAUAUAUAUUAGAUCAACCUUUAUGAUGAAAAGUAAAUCAUGGGUUUGAUUUGUGAAACUUUUCAUUUUUUUUUAUUGUUUUUUAGGUUAUAUAUUGGUGUAAAUUAAGGAGGAAGAAAAAGAUAAAAAAAAUGUUGAAACAUAAAUGGGAAAUAUUGAAAAACAAAAUUAAUUAUGUUUGACAUGAAAGUUGACUAAUUGUUGUAAAUGUAAUUUUGUAGAUAUCUACGAUUCGUUAAUUUUUGUGAAUGCUCUUGUUCUUGAUCUUUUGUUUGAUAUAUUAUAAAUGAAUGUGA